UAAAGAGCUAAUUUUAUAAUUAAGGCAAUAAAGAUAAUAGAACCAAGAGAAUGCGAGGUAUGUCUCAAGUCAAGUCGAGCCAGUCAAUCGAGAAAGGUCGUUCAAGACGGUCGCAUACAUACAUUAUUCAUAUCGGAUAUUUAACCAGUUAUGUCUCACUUUACAGGUCCUAGAAUUUAGUUCUCAGUAUGGAAGAUAUACAAAAGUUGAUUCCAAAGGACGCGCAAACUGUUCUUGUGUUUUUCGUCAAUGGAAAGAAGGUAACGGAACCCGCUCCGGAUCCGGAAUGGACGCUUCUAUGGUAUCUGCGGCGGAAGCUCCGGCUCACGGGCACGAAGUACGGCUGCGGGGAAGGCGGCUGCGGCGCAUGCACCGUUAUGGUCUCCCAGUACAACGCACGGGAUGAUAAAAUCAAACAUAUUGCAGUAAACGCGUGCUUGAUACCCGUGUGCGCAAUGCACGGCUUAGCUGUAACUACAGUUGAAGGAAUUGGUUCCAGUCAAGAAAAGCUUCAUGCCGUACAGGAGCGUAUUGCCAAGUCGCACGGAUCACAGUGCGGAUUCUGUACUCCCGGAAUAGUUAUGUCUAUGUACGCUUUACUGAGAAACAAGACCAAAAUACAAGAAAAAGACAUCGAAACUGCAUUCCAAGGCAACCUUUGCAGAUGUACCGGGUACAGGCCAAUAAUUGAAGGAUUCAAAACUUUCAUCGAAGCCUGGGAAACACGAUACGCAAAUAAAGGUAGCUGUGCGAUGGGAGACGAUUGCUGUAAAAAUAAGAAAACGGAUGAAGAAAAACCAAUGCUAUACGAUAAAACAGCUUUUCAGCCAUAUGACCCUACACAAGAACCAAUAUUUCCGCCGGAGCUGAAAAUUAAUAAGACGUACCAAAAAGAAUAUCUAUAUUUUAAAGGUGAAAGCGUAUUGUGGCUCCGGCCCCAAAAUUUACAUGAUGUUGUAUCUAUAAAAGAAAUAUAUCCCCAUAGCAAAAUUGUAGGAGGAAACACGGAGAUAGGAGUAGAAAUGAAGUUUAAGAAAAUUCAUUUUCCAAUUUUACUUUCACCGUCUCUUAUAACCGAAAUUAACUUUUGUUCUGUAACGGAUAAGGGAGUUAAAAUCGGUGCCUCAACUACAUUGACAGAAAUAGCAAAUUUCCUUCAAGACGUCAUAGUAAAAAAUCCCGGGGUUUGUAAAACCUUUGAAGCCAUUACAGAUAUGCUUCACUGGUUCGCUGGCAAUCAGGUACGUAAUGUUGCAUCCCUUGCGGGGAAUAUCAUAACAGCAAGCCCCAUAUCAGAUUUAAACCCUAUAUUGAUGGCAUCGAGUGCUGUUUUGAAUGUGUACAGUAAGCAUAAAGGACAUAGACGAGUGGUGAUGAACGAAUAUUUUUUCAAAGGAUAUCGGAAGACUGUCAUAGAAGACUAUGAAAUACUUAUGUCCAUUGAAAUUCCAUUCACGAAAGAAUCUCAAUUUUUCAAAGCAUAUAAGCAAGCUAAAAGAAAGGAAGAUGAUAUAUCUAUAGUCACAGCGGCUUUUAAUGUAACAUUUAAAAAUAGUAAUGUCGUAGAAGCUACACUAUGUUACGGUGGAAUGGGACCUACUACUAAAUGUGCAGCUAAGACAUCAACAGCAAUGCAAAACUUAAGUUGGAACCAAAAUAUAUUAAAUGUUGUUUUGGAAAAUCUGUUGCAAGAAUUUGAGUUAGAUAUUUCUGUGCCCGGAGGAAUGGCAGAAUACAGGAAAUCGCUCUGCUUAAGCUUAUUUUUUAGAUUUUAUAUCGACGUAUUUAGUAAAAUACAAAAAUACAAUGGUGCAACUUUACCUCCGGAGUAUUUAAGCGCUGCCACUGAAGAGUCGACAUUAUCAUGGAACAGUUCGCAGUAUUUUGAAAUAAAAGACAAUUAUAGAAAGAUAUCGGAUAGUGUAGGCAAACCUGUGCCACAUAUGUCAGCUUUCAAGCAAGCCUGCGGUGAAGCUUUGUAUUGUGAUGACAUACCACAUUUUGAAGAUGAGCUUUUUUUGACGUUAGUUUUCAGUACUAAAGCUUACGCGGAAAUUGUGUCUAUAGAUGAAAGUAAAGCAUUGUCAGUACCUGGGGUAGUGGCUUUUUUCUCAGCUUCAGAUUUAGAAGAAAAACGUAACAAAUUAGGUCCAAUAUUUAAAGAUGAAGAGAUAUUUACCUCAAAAGUGGCGACCAGUCGGUCCUGUGUCAUUGGCGCUGUGGUCGCAAAAUCCGAAAGUGCGGCGAGGAAAGGAAAAGAUUUAGUCAGUAUUACUUACAAUGAUCUAGAUCCUGUUAUUGUCACCAUCGAGGACGCGAUCGCUCACAAGUCAUACUUUUCAAGUCCACGUGUACUCAAAAAAGGAGAUGUUGACAAUGUUUUUAAAAACGCAAAGCCGGACAGUAUUAUAGAAGGUUAUGUUCGAAGUGGCGCUCAAGAACACUUCUAUUUAGAGACUAUGUCUGCAUUUGCUAUUAGGAAAGAAGAUGAGUUAGAGAUUAUUUCUUCUACUCAAAAUCCUGCCGAAAUUGGGCACCUUGCAUCACAAGCUCUUGGUAUUCCCAAUAACAAAGUUGUUUCGAAAGUAAAACGGUUAGGUGGUGGUUUUGGUGGUAAAGAAACUCGGGCAACCAUAUUGGCGAUUCCUGUGGCAAUAGCCAGUUAUAAAUUGAAAAAGCCAGUUAGAGCUGUUCUAGAUAGGGAUGAAGAUAUGCAAGCUACAGGUUACAGGCACCCAUGCUUGAUCAAAUAUCAAGCAACGUUUGACAAAGAUGGAAGAAUUACAGCCGCUAAAUUUGAAAUUUAUGCAAACGCAGGAAAUUCUAUGGACAUAUCUUGUUCUAUGAUGGAGAGAAUAGUCAUGCACUUGGACAACUGUUAUUUUAUUCCAAACAUAGACGUGGAAGGAUUCCUUUGCAAAACCAAUAUGCCCUCAAAUACAGCAUUUAGGGGAUUUGGAGGUCCACAGGCGAUGUUAGCUGCGGAGACGUUAAUAAGAGAUGUAGCUGCAGCUGUUGGCAAGAACUACGAAGAAAUUGCAGAUCUUAAUCUUUACAGGGAAGGACAGUUAACACACUUUAACCAGUGCCUCACAUAUUGCACGAUAUCCAGAUGUUGGAAUGAAUGCAUUGAAAAUUCAAACUAUUGGCAAAGGAAAAAAAAUGUUGAAGACUUUAAUAAGUGUAACAGGUGGAAGAAAAAAGGAAUUUCGAUAUUACCUACAAAAUACGGAAUAUCAUUUCAAGGAGACCUUCUUAUGCAAGGGGGUGCAUUGGUUUUAAUAUAUACAGAUGGGUCGAUUCUUAUAUCAAUCGGAGGCAUCGAAAUGGGACAAGGUUUAUUUACAAAGAUGAUUCAAGUUGCGUCCAAAGUUCUAGAAGUCGAUAUCAGUAAAAUUCACAUCAGUGAAAUGGCGACCAACACUAUUCCUAAUAGUUCACCGACAGCGGCGAGCAUGAGUUCUGAUAUAUAUGGAAUGGCAGUUGUUGAUGCCUGCACUACUCUAGCAAAACGGUUGGAGCCAUACAAAACCAAGAACCCUACAGGAACAUGGGAGGACUGGGUCAUGUCGGCCUAUUUCGACAGGGCCCACUUGUCAGCUACAGGUUUUUACGUAGUACCAAAAAUUGAAUACAACCCUGAAACAAAUAGUGGCAACCUUUUUGAAUACUUCACUUAUGGAGUUGCAUGUUCAGAAGUUCUGGUCGAUUGCUUGACCGGGGAUCACACAGUACUGAGAACCGAUAUUGUUAUGGAUUUAGGCGAAAGUUUAAACCCUGCAAUCGACAUUGGUCAAAUUGAGGGAGCAUUCACACAGGGCUAUGGAUACUACACAAUGGAGGAAAUGGUGUUUUCACCUACUGGUGAAUUACUGUCUCGUGGUCCGGGUGCUUAUAAAAUACCUGGAUUUUCCGAUGUACCAAAAACAUUCAAUGUUUCACUGUUGAAAGGAGCACCUAAUCCCCGCGCUGUCUAUUCUUCAAAGGCCGUGGGCGAGCCUCCACUUUUCUUGGCUGCAUCAGUAUUGUUCGCGAUCAAGGAGGCUAUCCGGUCAGCGCGGGUCGACGCCGGAGUAACCCCCGAGUUCGUGCUAGAGACACCGGCCACGUGUGCGCGGAUAAGAAUGGCUUGUGAAGACGAAAUAACGAAGCAGGUACUUCCUACAAUAACGAGGAGUGGCAAGCCUUGGAACGUGGUCGCGUAAUAGCACUAAUUUAUAUACUACUUAUAUGAGUUAUAUGUACCUACCUAUAUGUUCAUAAAAAUAUCACCUACAUUGUAUUUUUGUUUCAACAUAAAAAUUAUGUACUAUAAUAAAGUUUCUAUGUUUUACAA